AAGGUAAUUGAAACCAACCCUAAGCUUUUCUUAUCUCCGCCUUAAAGGUUAUCUUGGAGCGCAAGCGCGGACUGGAGAAGGACUUCUGGUUUGGUGCAAUUACAUUGGCGCUGUCUGUGGGAAUCGAAUAAAAAGCUUUAUUUCUAUGUUGAUCCAGCUGAUUGGAGGGAAGAGAAGAUGAGUGAAAAGCCCAUGGCCUAUUCUUUUGAGUUGCAGAAAUAGAUCUGAUGAAUUUGCCUAUUCUUUUGAGUUGCAGAAAUAGAUCUGAUGAAUUUGCCUAUUCUUUUGAGUUGCGAGUUGCAGAAGUAGAUCUGAUGAAUUUGCCUAUUCCUUUGAGUUGCAGAAAUAGAUCUGAUGAAUUUGCCUAUUCUUUUGAGUUGCAGAAAUAGAUCUGAUGAAUUUGCCUAUUCUUUUGAGUUGCAAAAGUAGAUAUGAUGAAUUUACAGAGUGGGUUUAUUCGCUUGCAAAGAAGAGAAGCUUUCACAAGAAGAUGAACAGAGGAGUAGAUUUGCACAAUUAUCAAGGUUCAGCUUUAUACAAUUAUCGAGAGCCUAUUUCAUAAAAUAAAAGGUACGUGUGGUAUAAUUUCAGCCAUGAAUAUUCAAAGAAGGAAAAAAGUUGGUAAUUCCUGGAGUAAUUCAAACAAUUUUUCUAAGAUUUAGUAUUUGAGGCAUUUGGGUUUAAAUUGUUUGAAUUAUAUAUUUUAUGAUUCUAAAAUUUAGAUUUUUGGAUUCUAUAUUUUAUGAUGUUAAGUUUUGAAUUUUUUAAAUCUAACCUUAAUGUGUUGUGUUGUUCCUUCAAUUUUUGCGUGGAUUUCCCGUGAGCUUCUUCUCCAAAUUCCCGCCAGCAACUUCCCCAACUGUAGCUCCGGUUUUAGCUGGAGAAUUCUGCCUACUGGACUCCAACUGCAGCCUCACCUCUCAGCCAAAAGGCGUGUUAUUGCCCUCAAUGAGAAGCUGAGUUCAAGCUUGAUGGCAGCAGCAGAGCAUCCCAGCUCGGCAACAGCACAACAACCUAGCUCAGCAGCAAAGCUCAAAAUAAUGCUCCAGCUCGGUAGAAGCGAGGCAGUUCAGCUCAACAGCAGUAGAGCAACCCAGCUCGGCAGCGGUAAAGUUCAAAGCAAUGCUCCAGCUCGGCAGCAACAGAGCAGCCCAGCUCGGUAGCAGCAAAGCGGCCAAGCACAGCAGCAACAAAGCAGUUCAGCUCGG